AUGGAUCUGUUGGAACUUGAAGUAAAACGCUUCAGAGAACCAAAGCAUGAAAGACGUCCCUGGAGGAUAUGGUUUUUAGAUACUUCCAAGCAAGCCAUAGGGAUGUUGUUCAUCCACUUUGCAAAUGUCUAUUUAUCAGACCUUACAGAAGAAGACCCUUGUUCACUGUACCUUAUCAACUUCUUGUUAGAUGCCACAUUAGGAAUGCUGUUAAUCUACAUUGGUAUACGUGCAGUCAGCAGCAUUGUGGAAUGGCAGCAGUGGGAGUCCCUUCGCUUUGGUGAAUAUGGGGAUCCAGUGCAGUGCAGUGCUUGGGUGGGCCAAUGUGCUCUCUACAUAAUGAUUAUGACAUUUGAGAAAACCAUCAUCAUUAUAGUGCUUCUUAUACCUCAGUGGAAAGAGGUAGCUUUAUUGAAUCCUAUAGAGAACCCCCAGUUGGAACUGGCUAUCGUCAUGCUGAUAGUUCCCUUCUUUGUUAACGCAUUAAUGUUCUGGGUAGUAGAUAAUUUUCUUAUGAAGAAAGGGAAGACAAAAGCUAAACUUGAAGAAAAGGAAGCAGGACAAGAUUCAAGAAAUGGAAGUAAAGUCCGAUACAGGAGAGCAGCAUCACAUGAAGAGUCAGAGUCAGAAAUCCUUAUUUCAGCAGAUGAUGAGAUGGAGGAAUCAGACGCUGAAGAGGACCUACGUAGACUGACCAACUUAAAGCCCAUUAAGAAAAAGAAGCAUCGUUUUGGUCUGCCUGUAUGA